UGGCAACACCAAAUAUCUUCCAACUACUCAGAAGGAUCACAACAAACUAUACAAGGUACAACCAAUUGUCAACUCUUUGGUGGAAAAAAUGCUAGAAGGUACCCUAAGAGGAGUACCACUUUGUGGAUGAGCAAGCUUAUUGAUCACACAAGAAAGCACAUAGAAAAGUCUUUGUCUCCGGCUCAGCCUCACCAGCUGCUGAUGAACCCAGCAAAAGAGGAUGUAAUUAUGAAAAAGGAAAUGCUGAAACCUUUUGAAAGAUCCACCAAGACAAUGGAGGAUUUAAUCUCCAAGAUGACCAAUUGCUUAACAUCACUUGGAGAUGGAAUUCAAACUAGGAUGAGGUUUGUUGCAAAUGCCCUAGCUGGUAACCACUCAUGUGCUGCUGUAACUCAUCACACUUGUUACCCCACACAGUUUGACUGGUAUAGUGGUGGUGGCAUGGUA